UUUUAAAUAGAGACAUAAGAACAUGAAAAUUAACACAUGGAAAUAAAAGGCAACAAGGCUGUUAGAUUCUGUUGUUUCCGCCGUCAAAAAAUCCAACGAAAAUACAACAUAGAAAACAGACCAAUUUUCCUAUGUUGUCGGGUUCAGGUGAGUCCCAAAUUUGGAGGGUGAUGUUGUAAAUGGAAAAAAGCGAGGUCAGCAAUUCCCUCCAAAUAUGGCAAUUCAUAUCUCUUCUCUCUCUUCCUCUCUCUAUUCUCACCAACCAACCCAUUAUCACCAACAAUGGUUUCAAGGAGGGUUCCUCAUCAUCAUCACCAUCAUCAUCAUCAUCACCAUCAUCAUCAUCAAUCUCCCAUUUUCUCAUCAUCUUCUUCUUCCUCCCACUGGCUUUCUCUGGGGUCUCUCUUCAAUUUUCCUUUUGGGACCCCUUUGACGUUACUACUUUCUGCUUUUCAAUUUAAGAGCUACUGAAUCCGCAGCUACAUGUUAAGCUAUAUUAGAUACCUUGUCAUUAGUGUGGAACCUGAAAUAUCAACCAAAUGGGGUUGAAAUUUACAAAGCAGGGGCCACAAAAAGUUGAUGACUUGAGUUUACAGAAUCACAUGAUCAAUUACCUUACCAAGAAUUUUAUUCGAAACUUGGUAUCUAAGCAACGGAGACGGAUGCUCAUUGCCGGCUAUGAUCUUGACAUGACAUAUAUCACAGACAGAAUAUUGGCAAUGUCAUUUCCUGCGGAACGAAUGCGAGCAGUGUAUCGAAAUCCUCUUUGGCAGGUGAAAUCUGUGUUGGACAUGACACACCAUGAACAUUAUAAGAUCUAUAAUCUCUGUAUAGAAGAAAGUUAUGAUCCGGCAAACUUUCAUGGACGGGUAGAAGCAUACCCUUUUGAUGAUAACCAUGUACCACCCCUUGAAAUGAUCAAAGAUUUUUGUGAAAGUGUGCAUUCAUGGCUAUCAAGUGAUCCAAAAAAUAUUGCUGUCAUUCAUUGCAUGGCAGGGAAGGGUAGAACUGGCUUAAUGGUGUGUUCAUACCUAACUUAUUCUGGCAUGACAGCAGAUGAGGCUCUUCAAUUGUAUGCAGAGAGAAGGACAACAAAUAAUGAAGGAGUAUCAAUACCAAGCCAACGCCGUUAUGUAAGGUACUUUGAAAGUGUACUUUCUACCCCUAGGGGCAGAGUGAGCUUGCCUCAACCAUGUAGCAGAGAAUUGCGCCGAAUUCGCCUUUAUGAUACAGUUAACAUCUGUGCAAUAUUCUUUGUGAUUUCAGAGCUGCAGGAGGAGGCUCCUAACCAGUGCUAUCGUCCGCCGGUGGAAAUUUUCCGAGGGUGCUGCAGAGAGAUUAAGAAAGGCUAUCAGAGAACCAACAGUCCUCGCUACUAUCUUUCUUAUAUUGAAGAAGAAAAUGAAGAUGGAACACAAUCAGAACAAGAAGAACCUCGGAUUGUUGUUCAAAUGGACACAGAGAGUCCUGCAAUAUACAAGAAAACCUGUUUGGAUUAUUAUUUCGACCAACCGAUCCUAUUAACUGGAGAUGUACGUGUCAUAUUCUAUGAGAAAAUGAUAGGAGGCCGUCUCUUCUAUUGUUGUUUCAAUACAGCUUUUGUUAAGAACAGCAUGGUACAGCUGGGAAUACAGGAUUUGGACAAAGUUGGGAAGAAAGGAAGAUCAAUAUGUGGAAGUGAUUUUAGCUUGGAAUUACUGUUUGGUCCUGCCAAUUCAUCAAGUGUAUCCAAUAGUGACAAUGCUAGUAUUGUUUCCUUGUGAUCAUAAUAUUUAUGCAACAGAUAAUAUGAAAGGUCAUGUUCAAUUUUACAUUACACUAACGUGUGCUGCAAAAAAAAAAACAGCAGAAAAUUAUAUCCAAUCAUAAAUGAGUCCAUCAAUGUUUUGUUGUGUAGUGUUGCAUUCAUUCUUUCAAUAGUCUUGCUGUCUAAUUUUUUUAUUGGCACAAGACAUUAGGAGAAAGUGCAAAUGUUGUAUUGUUUUGAUGUUUGAGUAGCAUUUCGAGAAGAUGGGGUUUCAAAGCACAUUAUAAUGCAAAAGUUGCUAUGUUUUCACA